AUGAUGAAUGUUCAUAACUUUGAUACGACAUUAUAUGUUGGUAGAAUACGUACACCUCCCCCAAGUAUGCUUUUAUUACCACAUUAUCGUAAUAGUCCUUCAGUUGAUCUUCGUUCUCGUCAACAAAAAAGUCAUCAUGAUAUAACAAGUCCAUCAUUUGGUUGGCGACGAUAUUCUGAUAAAACAAUUCAAUUAAAUCCUGCACCUGAUAUUGCAUAUCGUAAUACAUAUUUAGAAGGAAUUCAACGAGAAAAAUCGGAUAUAAAUAAUAAUGAACAAAUUCAUUCUCGUUCAUCAACACCUUAUCUUAAAGUACAAAAUUUAUAUUCAUAUCAUCUUCCAUCGGAAUUAUCACAACAAAAAUAUCAUUCUCAACAACAGCAUACAGUCUAUGAUUAUAUUCGUGAUUCUAUUCGACAAUACGAACAACAACGUAAUUUAAAACGUAAUAUGUCACUCCAUAUUAAACGCCCACAAAAUGAAGAUAAUACAUUACAGCAUAUAUUAAGUAAACGGAAAAUUUCAGCAUCACGUAAUAAUUUGACAGAAACAACGUCAUCAUUCUCUAAUUAUGGGUUAAAAAGAUCUCAGACUGUCGUUAAUUAUAUUAAUCAUAUUCGUGCAGUUCAUUCAAAAACAACACUAAACCAAUCACAUCGAUAA